CAGCUGUUCAUUUUUGAAGAGAAAGAGAGAGAGAGAGAGAGAGAGAGCCUGAAAGCUUAGAACGCGUUGAAAAUUCACGCAUAAAUACAGCUUUCAUGAUUGGCGACCGCCCAUGUCCACAGCAAGAGCUAACCACUGUACUUGUAAUCUUCUCUUAUAAGUUGAGGCCUCCCGGAGUUGCAGAGUAACACGACAUAUAUACAAAGCAAAUUACAAAACGCAACUCUCUCUCUCUCUCUCUCUCUCUCUCUCUCUUACCAGAGUUGCAGAUUCCUUACAUCUGGGAUCUCUUGUUCACUCUUUUCAAUUAUAUAGGUUCUUCCCACUUGCUCUUUUGGGCUACUUUUUAUUAUUAGAUUAUACAAGAGGAAGCAUUCAGGAACAGGGGAUAUAAAUAAAUAUUGUUAUAAUAUUUAAAAAAGGGCAAGAUUUUUCCUGUCUUGUCGGUAAAAUGGUUGCUCCUUUGUCAGCUUGGCCUUGGGAGAACUUGGGCGUCUUUAAGUAUCUGCUGUACGGACCUUUUGUUGCGAAAGUUUUGUAUUCAAGAUUUCAUGAUCAGGAAGAUCAAUCCCAUGAGGAUAGCAGCUGGUGCCUGCAUCUUCUGAUAGUAUGUGCACUUCGAGGUUUGAUUCAUCAGCUAUGGAGCUCCUACAAUAACAUGCUUUUCCUGACGCGAAAUCGAAGGAUUCUCCAGCAAGCUGUUGGUUUCAAGCAGAUUGACAGCGAGUGGGAUUGGGACAAUUUCAUAAUUCUUCAAGCAUUGAUUGCCUCCAUGGCGUCUUAUAUGUUUCCUUUCCUUGAAAAUCUUCCCCUCUGGAACGCAAAAGGAUUUAUUGCUGUUCUGACACUCCAUAUGGCUGUUUCAGAGCCUCUGUAUUAUUGGGUGCAUAGAUUUGUCCAUGGGAGCCCACUUUUUACUCAUUACCAUUCACUUCACCAUUCAUCUCCAGUACCCCAUCCCUUCACAGCUGGAUAUGCAACGUUUUUGGAGCAUCUUAUGUUGUCUGUUGUGAUUGGAAUUCCUAUGCUGGGGGCUUCUGUAAUGGGAUAUGGGUCAAUAAGCAUGAUCUAUGCCUAUGUUUUAAUCUUUGAUUUUCUGAGAUGCUUGGGGCACUGCAAUGUGGAAGUUGUUCCGUAUCAAAUCUUCGAGGCCAUUCCCUUUGCUAGAUAUCUUCUCUAUACACCAACAUAUCAUAGCUUACAUCACACAGAGAUGGGGACCAAUUUCUGCCUCUUUAUGCCUCUCUUUGAUGCAUUAGGGAAAACACUCAAUGGCAACUCAUGGGAAUUGCAGAAGCAAAUAAGUUCAAGUCUAGAAAAACAUGGAAGGGUGCCGGAUUUUGUUUUCCUAGCCCAUGUAGUGGAUGUCUCCGCUGCUAUGCACGCACCGUUCGUUUUUCGGUCGUUUUCGUCGCUGCCAUUUUCGACGAGGCUCUUCUUGCUGCCGCUAUGGCCCUUCACCUUUUUGGUGUUGAUUGUGAUGUGGGCAUCGUCCAAAACCUUUCUUUACACUUUCUACAAGCUCAGGGGCCGGCUGCAUCAAACAUGGGCUGUGCCUCGAUGUGGCUUUCAGUAUUUCUUACCAUUUGCUGCAGAGGGCAUCAACAAGCACAUUGAAGAGGCCAUUCUCAGGGCUGAUAAACUUGGGGUUAAAGUCAUUAGCCUUGCUGCACUAAAUAAGAAUGAAGCUUUGAAUGGGGGUGGAACACUGUUUGUUAACAAACUCCCCAACCUUAAAGUUCGAGUUGUCCAUGGGAACACUUUAACCACCGCAGUUAUUCUGAACGACCUGCCAAAGGAUGUUGACGAGGUUUUUCUGUCUGGGGCUACUUCCAAGCUGGGCCGAGCCAUAGCACUCUACCUUUGCCGGAAGAGAGUAAGAGUCCUGAUGCUAACUCUAUCAGCAGAAAGAUUUCAAAAGAUUCAGAAGGAGGCACCGGUGGAUUGUCAGAGCUAUCUAGUCCAGGUGACAAAAUACCAAGCAGCACGCAACUGUAAGACAUGGAUUGUUGGGAAAUGGAUCACACCAAGAGAACAAAGUUGGGCUCCAUCAGGAACACAUUUCCAUCAAUUCGUGGUACCCUCAAUCUUGUCCUUCAGAAGAGACUGCACAUAUGGUGAUCUUGCAGCCAUGAGAUUACCAGAUGACGUCGAAGGGCUUGGAUGCUGUGAGUAUACGAUGGAUAGAGGAGUUGUUCAUGCAUGCCAUGCCGGGGGCGUGGUUCAUCUCCUAGAAGGUUGGAGCCACCACGAGGUCGGAGCGAUUGACGUUGACAGGAUCGACCUUGUUUGGGAAGCAGCAUUAAGACAUGGUCUUAAGCCAGUGACAUCACCAAACAAAGUUUGAGGUUGCCGGCCGGGAAAGAAGGAUCAACAAAAUGUGGUUGUCGUUAUUUUUCUCUUUCACUAGUUCAUACAUAAAAGAGUAGAUCGAGCGAAUUGUUUCUUUCCUUUGUGGAAGAAUAAUAACUUAAUAUAUAUAUAUAGCACAAUCAUAUUCGCGUCCAAUUGUCCAAUUAUAUUGUUGCCACUCUAUGUAUAUUUGUGAUAAUAUCAUCACUAAGUGAUAGUCCAAAAGCGAUCAAGUUAUUUGAACAUGAUGGUGAUCUGAUUGAUUACUUUUUCUCGA